GGGCUUCUCGCUUCCUCACUGACCUUGUGGGUAGCGAAGUUGAACUUGACUUUGGAGAUUACGAAAUUAUACUACCACCAGAGAAUUCACCAGAGGGUGUUCAGCACAUCAAAAUCAGAGAGGUUCCUUCGCAUAUCACAUUGCCCCCGUAUGCUCGACCGAGUCCCGUUUUGGGUGGAGGCUCCCCUCCAACGAGCAACAAAAGCCGGUUCGCUCUCGGUAGUGAAGAAGAGAGAAAUAUGAGAAAAGCGUGCAAUCUUGCGAAACGCACGUUAGAUUAUGCGGGCAGUUUGAUCAAAGUAGACGCUCUAGUUCAUGACUUUAUCGUUGCGAAUGGGGCUUAUCCUUCACCUUUACGAUAUUACGGUUUUCCAAAGUCCAUUUGCACGAGCGUUCGUAUACUCCGUUACCUAGGCGAAACUAUGCGUCCGCUACAAAACGGGGACACUAUCAACGUUGAUGUUACCGUUUUCUUGGAUGGGUACCACGGAGAUACCUCGCGAACGUUUGCAGUUGGGGACGUGGAUACUAAAGGUCAACAUUUGCUUUCGACUGCUUAUCGAGCAUUGCAAGUGGGCAUAGGUGUAUGCGGCCCAGGCAAGCCAAUCAAGGGUAUCGGGAGUGCGAUUCAGCGCUUCAUCAGUAGCGGUCGGGUGGAUCCUCAUAGCCAAGUUCUUCCGUUAGCUGGACCAGUCCCCUUGCAAACCGAGUCAAGACCUCUGCACGAUGAAGAGUUUCUUAACCUUAGCCCUCAGGUAAUGAUGAACCCGGAAUCAUGGAACCUGGAGAUUGCUUUACAAUAG